AUGCGCGGCGUGGUUGCAGCGGCUCUUCUUGCCUGCGGUGUCACGGCCGAUGCACAGCAAGGCAGCAAGACCGAUCCAAAAGGCGGCAAGGUCCUCACAGUCGGUGUCAUUGGAGACUACGGCUGGACUGGGUGGACUCCAUCUCCAGAUCACUUCUGCCUCGAAGUCCUUCCCAAGCUCAAGGCCGCUAACAUCACGAUUCCCAAUGAGGUCCAGAAUGACUGCGACCCCGGCGACAAGCUGUACAUUGGGAAUGCAACUGCCCUGCAACUCGACACUUCUGCCUAUGUAGGCCAGGUCUGUGUCUUGAAAAACUGCAGCGCCUUUGUGACUGUCGGGGACAACUUCUACGACAGCGGUAUCGACUUUACCACGGGUGGCAUCUUGCGCUUCCAAGAGGCAUGGGUGGAUAUGUAUAAGGAAGGUAUCUUCGAGGAAGCCCCAUGGUACCAGUGCCUUGGAAAUCAUGAUAUUGUCAAGGGACAGAGCGGCGUCGAUUUCCAGACAAAGAUUGCUCCUCUCUACGACGAUCGUUGGUACUUCGGCACGGAACAACUCCCUUACUACACCUACGAUCUGGAGGGUGAGGAUUUCUCCGCCACAUUUGUAGUCAUUGAUUCAGACUGCUUCGUCAACGACUACCAAAAUCCAAGCUCAGUGUACUUCAAUGAAUACACCAAGGCCUGCCACCAAGACACCCAAACUCAGCUCAACUUCCUCUCCACCGCCUUCGCCAACUCCAAGGCCGACUGGAAGUUCCUCCAACUGCACCAUGGCUUCAUGUCGUCGGCGCAAAACUACACCGAGCUACAGCCAAUCAUGGACAUUGUGCGCGCCCACAGAGGCGUCGUCCUGAACGGCCACGACCACUGCCUCGCCCACUACCAGUACAACGACACGAACUUCAUCCUGAGCGGCGCAGCCGGCUACCCACAAAGUGGUGACUGCAACAACGGUGUUGCGCUUGGCCCUUACGCGAAGUUCUUGGGUGCUAAUGCUAAUGCUGCGGCAAACGGCUUCGUGACCAUGGAUCUGAGCAAGGACAGCAUCAACGUGGAGUACUAUAUGCGUGAUAUGGAGUUUGAUGGCAGCGACAUGUAUCCUGUCUCUAGUGAUCUUAAGCCCAGCUAUAAGUUCAAUAUUACGGAGAAAGCGAAAUAG